AUGCUCAGUUUAGUCCAUCAGUUAAAAAACUAUCUGCAGGUGGUUUGCAUUUCCCCCACGUAUGAGCUGGCAAUUCAGAAGGGGGAAGUAGCUGCCAAAAUACCAAAGUUUUGUCCGGAAAUCAAACUUCCUUACGCCGUUCGCGAGGAGAUCGUCAAAGGGGCGAAGCUGACUAAUCAUAUCAUCGGAACACCCGGCAAGCUAAUGGACUGGGGUAUAAAGCGGGUGUUUUGGUCGCUGUUCUUCUUGGCCACGUACGAGCGUGAGGUGAUGGAGUUCGCCGAGUACAUCGUACCCAAUCCGAUCAAAAUUCGGCUGGCGCGGGAGCAAGAAUCACUCGAUAACAUCAAACAGUACUACGUCAAGUGCCGCAACCAGGACGAGAAAUUGUGUGAUUACCGUCGGGUACGCAAAAUGGCCGGUUGGUUGACCGGCAGGAUGUCCCAGGAUGAUCACUCGGCAGCGGUACUGUCCAGUGAUCUAACGGUGGAGCAACGGUUGGACUCUCUGGACCGAUUCCAAAAUGGACUAGAGAAGAGAGAUUCUUUCGCCUUAGGUAUCGACGUCGAACAGGUGACCAUUGCCGUCAACUUCGACCUGCCGAUGGAUCAGCAGGGACGAGCCGAUUGCGAAAUUUGUAGAUUCGAACGGAAUCACCAUCGACCUAGUGGACAGUGA